GCCAGAGAGACAUAAGAUGGGCUUGUUGAUGCCUUUUCUACUGUAACAUCUAUUUUACAUUAUAUUGCAGCCAUCAGAUAGAAGAUCUGUUCCAGGAAGGAGUUACUAUGUCAAAUUCUUUAGGCAGGUAGUGGGGGAGGUCAAAUGUCCAUCAGAGAAAACAAUCAAGGUAAAGAGAUAUAUUUCAGGGUGGCCAAAUCUUGAUCUCCCACAACAGCAUGGCAUCAUGAACGAGGGAAGGACCACUGGAGAGAGCAUCAGUGACCUCCUCCCUCCUCCCUGCCUCUGUGGUCCGGUCAAACCCCUCUGCCCCAACAUGCCCUGGUUCCCGGCUCUGUGACAUCACAGACAGCCUCCUCUCCACUCUGACAGCUGCAGGAAACAGCCCUGCCCUGGGAACUGGCUUCAAAUUCAAGAUCAGCUGACUCAACAAGGCACCCCUGCAGGCAAAGCUGGCAGAGUAGAGGCUUCACCUUCUUUCCAUGGCUGCCCACCAAAACCUGGCCUCGAAGAUCUUCUGUUUAUGCUGCGGAGACUGUGAGAAGCCCCACGCCGUGGAUGACUCCAAGAUCCCCAGUCAAACCCAAGAGCAACAGCCAUCGACCCGCAGUCUGCAGAAGGAUGAACUUGACAGACAAAAUACCAAGCGUGCUAAUGCAGCCUCCUGCUUGCCUCUGGGACAACCCCUGAUUCAUCCAGAAAAGAGAGCCUCCUCUACCAGCAGCAGUGAGUUUGAGGAUCUGAAUACAUAUGUUUCCCAAAGAGGUUUUUACAAGAGGAACCUAAACCGCUACUCCCAGGAUCACUGGCCAUUCCAGCCAUGCCUCAUUGGGAGACCCUGAGCAUUCUAGUCGGCAGCCCCCACGAGGGUCUCCGAGGGUGCACGGUGGCUGGAGUGUCUCCAGGAGGAAGAGGGCGGUGAACGGGGGCCAUGAAGACUGAUUCGGAAACUCCCCAGGAGGAGGAGAAGACGUCUGAGCCAACCCUGUGCCACGAGCAAGAGUCACUUCAGUUCCUGAAAAAGCCACUGUGGGAGGAGCUGCCUCCAAUUAAAGUCCUUGAUCAUGUCACAAUCUUUGAUCGCCUUCCUCUUUUCCCCUCCCCCUUAUUAAGGAAUAUCUCUUCCAAAUAGUAUCUUAUUUUUAAAAAUACUGUCACAUCUAAUUAACGUAAAACAAAUUUUUUAACUUUUUGGAUAGCUUUCUGUUAAUUUUGAAAUAAUUUCAAACUUACAGAAAAGUUGCGAGAAUAGUACA